GCGAACGAGUGGGGGAGCUUCGUUUUGGUGUAAGCUCAAUAUUAAGCUUGAGAUAUCUCACGCAUUGGUAUCGGAAAUCAAUGGAUGAGACGCCGUUGCAACAGAUGUCCCCUCCUCACAUUUAUGUGGAGAGGACACUGGCUUUGAUCAAACCGGACGCCAUUCACAAAGCCGAAGAAAUCGAAGACAUCAUUCUGCAGUCGGGGUUCACUAUUCUACAGAAGAGAAGACUGCAGCUGAGCCCGGAGCAGUGCAGUGAUUUUUAUGCAGAACAGUACGGCAAACUGUUCUUCCCCAGCCUUACUGCCUUCAUGAGCUCCGGUCCCAUCACGGCCCUGGUACUGGCCCGGGACCACAGCAUCGCACUGUGGAAGGCCUUGAUUGGGCCUGCCAACAGUUCCAAGGCAAAAGAGACACAUCCUCAUUGUCUGAGGGCCAAGUAUGGAACCUCUGACCUGAGGAAUGCAGUGCAUGGCAGUGACAGUUUCUCCGCUGCAGAGAGGGAGAUCAAAUUCAUGUUUCCCAGCUCUUUGAUUGAACCAAUACCCAUGGGUGAGUCAGCCAAAGAUUACCUGAGCAGGUUUGUGAACCCCACGCUGCUUACAGGACUGACAGAGCUCUGCAAGAGGAAGCCAGCAGAUCCUUUUACCUGGCUAGCUGAUUGGCUGGUCGAGAACAAUCCCAACAAGCCUAAAAUAUCUGAUGGACCAAUAAUUGAGGAGGCAAAAUAA